UCUCUGUAGUGAAACUGGCUGGUGAAAAUCUAGAUUACUUUGAACCUAACUUAAGUUUUGAUAUCUACUUCUGCAGCUGUACUGAUGGAAUAAACACAGCAAAGUGUGCUUAGUUUUUGUUAACAUUUGGCUUCUGUUCAGAAUAUUAACAGGUGGACAAAUAAAAGCCACCUUGGAGCCACAUCUGAGUGCAGAGAUAUGAGGAUGAUAUCGCGUCUCAUUGUACGAGGAAACCUGGUGAGAGUUCAGCAUGCUGUGGGUGCAGUUCGUUGGCAGAGCAGCAGGAAACAAGCUCCUGUGUUGACAGCAGCUCCUGUUCGUGCUCUCAUUGAUGAGCAGAUCAGCAUAAAGGGCCGUUUUCUGCCUCCACACAGUCCUGUCACAGUGUGUGCACGGAUGCACUGUGAAGAUGGUGACCUGUGGGAGGCAUUUGCACAUUACAACACAAAUGCAAGUGGCGCUGUCAACUUGACUAGUGAUCAUUCAUUGGGGGGUUCCUACCUUGGCUGUGAGCCGAUGGGACUCUUCUGGGGACUGCAGCCAGCUCCUGGAGGAAGACAAGGUUUAAGAUUGAGGAAAAAAAAUGUGGAGACUCCAUACCAGGUCCACAUCUCCCUCAUGGAAGGCCACGUUUCUCCCAGUGACGGAAAGAGCUCUGAACUGGCAGUUGUUACUACUGAGCGCUGGUACAUGGCGCCAGGAGUCAGGAGAACAGAGAUCCGUCAGAACGGGGUCGUUGGCACUUUAUUUUUACCCCCUGGCCCAGGUCCAUUUCCAGGCGUGUUGGAUAUGUGGGGAAUGGGAGGAGGACUCCCGGAGUAUCGUUCUUCCCUGUUAGCAUCCAAGGGAUAUGCUAGUCUUACUCUUUCCUACAUAGAACACAAAGACUUACCUGGACCUCCAGACCAAUUAAAUGUUGGUGAUUCCUAUUUCAGGUCAGCAUACCAGCUGCUUCAAGAUCUUGACGAGGUCGACGCAGACAGAAUCGGGCUAAUUGGUCUCUCGUAUGGAGUUUAUGUCUCUCUUCGCAUUGCGACUCAGUGUGGCGUUAAACCAUCAUGUGUGAUCUGCAUCAAUGGGCCAUUCGCAAGCACAAUCCCAUAUCCUGAGGACGGCUUCAGUAAACAUAAUGACAGUACUGAAAAAUAUUAUGUGUGCAAUGAUCAGGGCUAUGUUCAGUUCAAAGACGCCAUGUUACCUACUCAUCUUGCACUUGAACACAGAGUCAAGCUAGAAAACCUCGCCUGUCCACUGAUGGUCAUAGUGGCGGAAGAUGAUGGGAUGGCUGCAAGCAGUAAAUAUGCAGAUAUGAUGGAGGAAAUCCUGAAGUCUGCUGGGAAAUCGCAGCUGUUUACCCGGUUGUCUUACCCCGAUGCUGGUCACUUGAUCGAGCCUCCUUACUCACCACAUGCAAGAGAAUCCUUUUAUCGCGUCAAACCACAGAAAUUGAUGAUUGUGUUUGGAGGUCAUCCUGCAAGUCACGCAGCUGCUCAGGAAGAUUCUUGGAGAAAGAUGUUGGAUUUUUUGGAAACCAAUCUCAGAAGGUGAUCGUGAAAUCUGUUGCGUCUCAUCAAGAAAGCAAGCAUCAUACUCUGAUGAAAAAGAGAGAAGACCAUUGUGUUGUUUUAAGAGGUUUUCACCCUUCUCGCAGUGGUAUAUAUCUCAAUCAGUUAGUAAUACAUUCAGAUUUCUUUAUAACAGGUGAAGGAAAGUCAAGGAGGCAAAGUAGUUUAAUUCACUUGAUGUCACAAGGUGAAGCUGCAAAUGGUACACUCAGAAAUGAUCUUAAAUGCUUUGAUAAGUUCAUACACUUCUUACACCACUGAAAAUGUUUCAGCUACUUUUCUGUUUGAAUCUGUUUAAAUGUCAUCAAGAAGGCAAGCAUCAGUUAUAAAUUAGGAAGUAGGAGAGUGUGUCCAGUGGUGCAUGGUGUCGGGAAAUGUUUCUCAUGUCUGUUGUUUGUAGUUUAAAGAAUAAAGAAAGGUUG